CCCAGCGUUUCUGAACUGUCCAACCUGGAGGGCUCCAGGCAACCGGCCCUGCCGGGGGCGUGCCCCAGCAGGCUCGGGUGCGGCCGCCCCGGAAGUGACGUGAUGCCCCGCUGGCCGUGCGGAAGUGGAGAUGGCGGGGCUGUACGUGAAACCGGGCAACAAGGAGCGCGGCUGGAACGAUCCGCCGCAAUUCUCAUACGGGCUGCAGACCCAGGCUGGCGGACCCAAGCGCACGCCGCUCACCAAGAGGGUCGCCGCUCCCCAGGAUGGAUCCCCCAGAGUCCCCACCUCAGAGACAUCUCCUGGGGCCCCCCCAAUGGGGCCUCCACCUCUGUCAAGUAAGGCUUCCAGACUCCCAUUUGUGGGGAGUUGUCCUCCCUCCAGCAUGGAGCCCACAAAUUUCCCAGUCGUUGAGUCUGAGAUUCUGCUGGAAGAUGUACUGAAACCUUUGGAACGGGCAUUGGAGGAUUGCCGUGGCCACACAAAGAAGCAGGUAUGUGAUGACAUCAGCCGACGCCUGGCUCUGCUGCAGGAACAGUGGGCUGGAGGGAAGCUGUCAAUGCCUGUAAAGAAGAGGAUGGCUCUGCUGGUGCAAGAGCUUUCAAGCCACCAGUGGGAUGCAGCAGAUGACAUCCACCGCUCACUCAUGGUUGACCAUGUGACUGAGGUCAGUCAGUGGAUGGUGGGAGUUAAAAGAUUAAUUGCGGAAAAGAGGAGUCUGUCUUCAGAGGAGGAGGCCAAUGAAGAGAAAUCUGUAGCCACAGCUGAGCAGAACCAGACCAUGCCAGGCAUCCAACAUGAUCCUUAAUCCUAUGGGUUCCCCAGCCUCACCUCACACCAUCUCUUAUGCCUUGGCAUGGGAGGCCUUCCCUAACUUGGCUCCCUUUUACCACUUGGGAGACUGUCUGCCCCGUUGGGGUGUUUGGCCUGACCCAUCUCUGGGGGAAGAGGUCCCUCCUGGACCACAGGGAGGCCACUUGUUACCCAUACCAUAUGCAUUUCAAUAAAACAUCUCAAUGUGGUGGGACCUGGGUAGGAGAGAUGAACCCUUCCUAUGCCAGACUGGUUCCCUCUGGUGUUCUUAACUGCCUUGCUCGCUGUGCACCGUGCACACCUCUGUUCUUCCUCUGUUCAUCAUGAAUGGCCUUGCUAGGCGUGAGCAGAUUACUGCCUGCCACUUUCACCCAAAUUAGACAGAAACAUACAUCCCUUGCUGGGCUGAGUAACCCUGUGUUUGGAUGAUUUGUUUCAGUAUGGGAACAGAGGCUCAAAUAGCAUGGGAAGAUUUUUUUCCCUCAAAAAAAGGAGACUGACCUAUUUGCACUGCAUCACCCUUGAGGUAUGCAAGUGCUACAGAGAUUAGAACCUAGCUGUAUAAAUUGAAGGUGAAAAAGACC